AUGUUCCAGGGCCAGCUGGAUCGUGAACGGGAUGCAGAGAGUGAAGCGGACGCGUGUUCGCGGUGCCUCUCGGCGGGGGCGGGGGCGGGGGAGGGCGGGGGCCUGCACGUGUCGGAGCAGCUGCGGCUGUCGCGGGGGCAGCGGAAGAAGUCGGUGCUGGUCGUCCUGGCGCUGUCCUUCCACUCUGUCUUCGAGGGGAUGGCCAUCGGUCUGGAGCGGAACCUGGACGACGCCCGCUACCUCUUCGCCGCGGUCGCCCUCCACGAGUCGACCAUGCUCUUCUGCAUCGGCCUCGAGAUGGUCGCCUCCCAGGCCGCCCCCACGCCCACCGCCACCAUCGUCCUCAACCUCGCUGCCCUCGCACUCGUCUCGCCUCUCGGCGUGGUGAUUGGGACGUUACUGACUUUGAACCAGGAAGACAUGGAUUCUUACUCGCAAAGGAUUGUAAUCGGUACACUGCAAGGCCUCGCAGCUGGCACCAUUCUGUAUGUGACAUUUUUCGAGAUGCUCGACAAGCAGAGAACUCAGGAGACUGGUAUAGUGCGAGCUACCUUCAUUCUAUGCGGUUUUAUCAUCAUGCUGUUUUUUAGCGUCAGAGGUGGUCACACCCACGCUCGACUGGAUGAGAAGAAUCUUUUCAGCCCUUGCAAUUAUUCAAAUGAUCAACAAGAGCCCCAAAUCAAAAGAUGACGAUCCCUGAUUGCGGCAGUUUAUGUAAAGUGCACGGAGGCGUUUCAGGCAUGGAAACCUGAGAAAAUUAACGAGGGGCCUUUGCAAAACUUCAUUUUCUUAACAAGAGCACAAAUCAAAACAAAAAACACAUGGCGAGGAUUCUGCCGGUUCUCUCAAGGAUAACUGUGAUAUUGACAAAUAAGAAAAGUUUCUUAACUGAUUCUUUUAAAAUAUCGUUUAAUAUGUUAGGUCUAAGAGGUCUCAAAAAUAUAUGUUUGAACAUGUAACACUUAAAAUAGUUCAAAUUAAAUAUAAAAA